GUAAGGGAGGAACUCUGUACAACUGGGGUGAAGCUGCACUGGAUGAAAGAAACCUCAUUUCCCAGAGGGCUUGAAGCAAAAGGAUACUCAGGCUUUAGAAGUGCAUUCCACAGUAAACCCAGAAAUGAGGUUUCUGUGUGUUUUGUUGCUGGUUUCCUUGGAUGUCUGUGGUGCUUCAAGAAGUCAAGAGUGGUCUCAUUAUGGUGCCUCCAUGUUUGCUGACCUCACUGUCCGUGAGAUGAAAGCUGUCCGAGCCUACCUCCACCGGAUACCAGAGAUGGCGCUGACUGAUGCUCGCAGCAAGACCCUGAAGAAGAAUAGCAUCCUAUUGAUGGAGCUGCACCUGCCGAGAAAGCACCAGGCCCUGAGGGCCCUGGACCGUGGACAGGCCAAGCCCCUGCGCCAGGCCCGCGUGGUGGUACAGUUUGGGAACCAGGCCAACCCCAACAUCACUGAGUACAUCGUCAGUCCUUUGCCAUUCCCAAAGUCCCAUGAAAUAAAGACCUUCAAAGGAGAUAGGCCCAUCCAGUUUGAGUCACGGCCUAUUACAAUUUCAGAGUAUUAUCAUAUUAUAGCUUUUCUGGAAAAGAUCACAGUCAAGGCUCACAAGCUCUUGUUUGAGACAACAGGAGGGUUUUCCUUCACAAACUGCACCAACCGCUGCCUUACAUUCUCAGACAUAGCCCCACGUGGGCUGGGUCCAGGUGAGAGGAGAAGCUGGAUAAUGCUACAGAAGUUUGUGGAGGGUUAUUUCAUCCACCCAGUGGGAUUCGAGGUUCUGGUCAACCAUCGAGAUCUGGAUCCAGAAAAGUGGAGUGUAGAGAAGGUGUGGUACAAUAGCCAGUACUUUGACAGCAUGGAGGAACUGGUGAGAAAAUAUGACACAGGACAGGCAGAAAAAGCCAAGCUACCCAACCAUGAUGAUAAUGACCUCUUCUCCACCUACAUACCCCGUGGUCACAGCAACACCCCCACAGACAUCCACGGUCCGAAGCUUGUGGAGCCUCAGGGGCCUCGCUACCACAUCGACCGCAACUUUGUUGAAUAUGCUGGAUGGUCUUUUGCUUACCGUGUGCGUUCAUCCGCUGGGCUACAGAUCUUUGACCUCCGUUUCAAUGGAGAAAGGAUCGCCUAUGAGAUCAGCCUCCAAGAAGCUAUUGCCUUCUACGCUGGUGAUACACCCGCGGCCAUGCAAACCAAAUACAUUGAUGCUGGCUGGGCCAUGGGCACCACAAGCUUCGAGCUGGCUCCUGGGAUUGACUGCCCAGAAAUCGCCACCUUUGUGGACUUGUACCACUACUAUGACACGGAUAAACCCAUGCACCACAAGAACGCGCUGUGUAUUUUUGAGAUGACCACAGCGAUGCCACUAAGAAGGCAUUUUAACUCAAACUUCCAGGGGGGAUACAACUUCUACGGGGGACUGGAAAAUACUGUGCUGGUGGUGCGGACGACCUCAACAGUUUACAACUACGACUACAUCUGGGACUUCCACUUCUACCAGAACGGGGUGAUGGAGGCAAAGGUCAGUGCCACUGGAUAUAUUCAUGCCACAUUCUUCACACCUAAUGGACUACACUAUGGCACCAAGGUGUAUAAUUAUGUACUGGGCAACCUGCACACUCACCUCAUCCAUUAUAAAGUGGACCUGGAUAUUGCUGGUCGAGAGAACAGCUUUGAGUCGAUUGAUCUGAAAUUUGUCAACUUCACCAAUCCCUGGAGUCCGAAGCACACGAUUUUCCAAUCCCAGCUCCACAGGACACAGCAUAAAACAGAGCGCAGCGCUGCGUUCCGCUUUGGCAAAAAAUUCCCCCGAUAUGUGCAUUUUUACAACCCCAAUGAGAGGAACAAGUGGGGACAUGAGAGGGGCUACCGUAUUCAGUUCAACUCCCAUGCCCACAGUGUGCUGCCAAGAGGUUACAGAGAGGAAAAUGGCAUCAGCUGGUCCAGAUACCCACUGGCUGUGACUUGCCAUAGAGACAGUGAGGCCACCAGCAGCAGCAUUUACACCCAAAAUGACCCAUGGGAGCCUGUGGUGUCCUUUGAGGACUACAUCCGCAACAAUGAAGAUAUUGUCAACCAGGACCUGGUUGCUUGGGUGACUGUGGGCUUCUUACAUGUGCCUCACUCAGAAGACAUCCCCAACACUGCAACACCUGGCAAUGCCGUAGGCUUCUUUCUCCGACCCUUCAAUUUCUUUGAUGAGGACCCUUCCCUGGCAUCCAAAAGCACCAUCAUCGUCCGACAGGACAAGGACAAAAAGCCCAAGGUCCAGAGAUGGACACCCGAGGUCAUUGGUCAUUGUGUGACAGACAAGCCUUUCUUUUACAAUGGCACUUAUGCAGGAGUCUAA